UCGUCGUUUUUUUUUCCAUGCUGCGUCACCUGGUGACCACGGUCCAACUUAUCGUGAACGCGCGACUCCUUUGCGUCGUUGCAGUUGCAUUGGGCGUUGGCUUUUCGGGAGUCUUCUUUCCAGUAAAAGUAAAUCGUUUCUGGUUUUUGGUCGAUGACUGUUAAAUUGUUUAUUAUUUUCUGUUCGGCGACGAUUUUCACGUUCACUCCGGCGUUCAGCAGAUAUCAUCCACGCAAGGUUUUUAUAACUUUGAUUCAGUUGUAAAACAACAAGAAUAGUCGUCACGCUACGUCAACAUUCCGACGGUAAACACGACCCUAUCGAUUAUUCAGAUUUAAGUCAAUAAGCCGUUCAAUUAAAAGAAGAAAAAAGAAAAAUUAAUACAGUGACUAUGAAUAACUAUAUUACUGAUGAAAGUUGUAUCAAUAUGCUGAAUUCUUUCCGGACUUGUGAUCUCAGAGCUCUAUUGGAAGCUUUCGACGAUACAUUUAUAGGCGGAGACAGAGAUGAAUUAAAAAGCCGGGCAAUUGAAUUAUUAAAGACUGAUACAACUCAUUUUAUCCCAAUCACUCACCAUAAAUAUAAAUCUAAGAUAUUUAAAAUGCAUGAGUCUUUGCCUACGACCACUUAUAUAAAAAUAGAAUGUGGUUAUGAACCAAUACAAAUGGAUCAAGCUGAAUCAACUCGGGUUAUACCUCAAAUUCAAAGAGACAAACGUAAAAACUCAAUUGAUGAAAAUGCUGUUCCUGCAAAGAUCAUGGUUGAUAGUAAUAUUCAGUAUACGGCCAACCGUCAACAAUCAGUUAUUACUGCAGUAUCAUCUCAAAUGCCCUUAAAUAUCAAUGAGGUGUCAAAAAAUGUUAAUAACGAUAAAUUGAAUAAUGAGAAGGAUAAGUCUUUCGCCUUAUUUUCAACCCAUCUCAAGUUCAAAAGUUUGCCAUUUUAUAAUAACAUUUACGAAGUUAUCAAGCCAAGAAUUCUAAGUGAUUCGCCAAAAUUUGCGAAUGGAGAGAAAAUCAAAUUUGCUCUGUCAUCUGAUCACGUCAAACUUCUCAACAAGAUUUCAAACAUUGACACUAGAAAAAAUAAAAAUACUUUUAAAUUACAAAUUAGAAUUUGUGAGCUGAAAAAAAAUUUUUACAUGUUUUCACAAUGUUUUUCACAUGAGGUAUCAGAUUGUUUUCCUCCUGGUCUUGAAAUUAGUUUUGGUACUGGAUCAAAUAUAUUUCUACCUAUUGAUUCGAGAUCAGGAACUGAACGUAGACCAUCUGCAGAACCUAUUGAUUGUACUAAAUUUGUAAUAUCUACUUCAAGCAUUGAAGAUACUCUCAAUAUAAAGUGGACUCCUAACGGAAAUAGAUAUGUUCUGAAAAUGUGUGUUGUACAACUAUUGACUGCCAAAGAUUUGUUGGAAAGUAUUCUAAAAAAUAGUAGAAGAAGUUCAGAAAAGACCAAAGUUGAUAUAAUUAAAAUGUUUGCAAAAUGUAAUUCAGAUUUGAUCACUACGUAUUAUUGUGUUUCCUUGGUGUGUCCACUAAGUAAACUCAGAAUGAAUAUACCUGCAAAAUCAGCCAAUUGUCGUCAUUUAAAAUGUUUCGAUGCUUAUACAUUUCUUAAAAUGAAUGAAAAUAAGCCAACAUGGAGAUGCCCAAUAUGUUAUAAACCUUGCUUGUUCAAAGAUAUAAUAAUAUUUGAUUAUUUUUUGGAAAUUCUCAGGAAUCCAAGACUAAAUGGCUCUACAGAUAUAAUGCUUUUAUCAAAUGGUACAUGGUAUGUAUAUGAAGAUACGAGUAAUACAAUUAAUUCGAUGGGUAUUACUUAUGAUUCUGACAUUAUAUGUUUGGAUGAUUAAAAAUCCAUUGUUUGAGUUGGAAAAAGAACAAGAUAAUGAGAUCAGGUUUGCUCAUGCUGUAUAUUUAAAUCCAGAUGUUUUUUUUUUAAAUAAGGCACAAGAUUUAUAAUAGCUACAACAAUCUGUUAUUAGAUUUUCAGUUCCUAACUAGUAGAAGUUAUUGAAAUAAAUUAUUUAUCUCCUCAAGUUCAAAAGUUGCCAUUUUAUGAUAAUAUUUACGAAGUUAUCAAAUCAAUAGUUCUAAAUGAUUCACCAAAAUGUAUUCAUAAUCAGGCCCGGCGCGAGGGUAAGGCGACUCAGGCGGUCGCCUAGGGCGCCAUUUUCAGGGGAGCGCCGAAAUUGCUUUUUACAAUUUUGCACACUUUUGUUAGUAAUUUUUUUUAUUAAAUAUAAAAUUCCUAAAACUUUGUAUUGAAAUAUAGAUAAUUAUUAUUAUGG